UUCCUUCAAAAACAUAUUUCCUCAUCUAUAAAACCCUAAAUCUUUGUUUAAUCACACAGUGCCUCCUUUUUGAGAAAAAGGGUUCGUGAUCUUCUUCGAUCUCAUAGUCUAUCAGAGUAGUGACUAUGAAUAGUCAUCAACUCCUCGGAAAGGGUAGAAGAUGAUUGAUGACAUGGUCUUGGGCUUCAUAGCCAACUUUCUUGGCAUCUUCAUUUUUGUACUGGUUAUAGCGUAUCAUUACGUGAUGGCUGACCCUAAAUAUGAAGGCAACUGAGGAAUUUGGUAUUCUGAUUCCAUUUGCUGCAAUGAAAAACAUCUUAGUUUUAUAAGACUGGGUGGUUUGACAGAGAGAUAACUUGAUGUAAUUAUAAACAAGCUUGGAGCUUAAUGCAUCUUAUUGCUUGGAUUUUGUAGGCAUAUUAUAUAUAUUCACCUCUUUAUUUUUGUUCUAA